AUGGCCGAUUUGCUGCCAAAACUGAAAGUUCCACAGGAGAAUAGCGGGGUACACUAUAACGAGGUGCUAUCGCGAACCGGCAGGUGCACCAGGGAUGUUACCAGUAGCGGACAGCGCUUCGCUAAAGCGGAGUUUCAGCCUCUACAAGCAAUUUUUCUUCAUGGUUGUUGGGGGUUCCCAACUAUUGCUGUGACUCAUGGCAAUUAA